AUGGGAGACGUCGCCGUGGAGAACCCGGCGAACAACGUCACGCCUCUCUCCAAGCCCGGUGCGCUGGACACCCUUGCCAACCUGGAAUCGCUCGAGGGUGCAGAGGCCGAUGGGAAUGAUGAAUAUGCCUCUCUGAAGCGGUUACAGAGACACCUCGAGAGCUUGAAGAGAGAGCUUGUUCGAGCACAAGAGGAGAUCAAACGGAUACAGAGUGUGCCGCUGGUAAUUGGGCAGUUCAUGGAAGCUAUCGAUCAGAAUACUGGUAUUGUGCAGAGCUCGACCGGAUCCAACUACGUCGUCCGUAUCCUGUCCACACUCGACCGCGAGAAGCUGAAGCCAUCGUCCUCGGUCGCCCUUCACCGUCACUCCAACGCACUCGUCGAUAUCCUUCCUCCCGAGGCUGACUCCUCGAUUGCGAUGCUGGGUGAGAAUGAGAAGCCAGAUGUGACCUACGCGGACGUGGGUGGAUUGGACAUGCAGAAGCAGGAGAUUCGGGAAGCCGUCGAGUUGCCGUUGACGCACUUCGACCUCUACAGACAGAUCGGUGGGUAUCAAGACCGUAUCGACCCGCCCCGUGGUGUUUUGCUGUAUGGUCCCCCCGGUACAGGCAAGACUAUGCUGGUCAAGGCUGUAGCCAACAGCACAACCGCUAGCUUCAUUCGUGUGAACGGCUCGGAGUUUGUACAAAAGUAUCUGGGUGAAGGUCCCCGGAUGGUCCGUGAUGUGUUCCGGAUGGCUCGUGAGAACUCGCCGGCCAUUAUCUUCAUCGACGAGAUCGACGCCAUCGCCACGAAGCGUUUCGAUGCCCAGACCGGUGCCGACCGUGAGGUGCAGCGUAUUCUGCUGGAGCUGCUGAACCAGAUGGACGGCUUCGAGCAAACCAGCAACGUGAAGGUCAUCAUGGCCACCAACCGCGCGGACACCCUGGACCCGGCUCUGCUGCGUCCUGGUCGUCUGGACCGCAAGAUCGAGUUCCCCUCGCUUCGUGACCGCCGUGAGCGCCGCCUGAUUUUCACCACCAUCGCGUCCAAGAUGUCGCUUUCCCCCGAGGUCGACCUGGACUCUCUGAUUGUGCGUAACGAGCCGUUGUCAGGCGCCGUGAUCGCUGCGAUCAUGCAGGAGGCCGGUCUCCGGGCGGUGCGUAAGAACCGAUACAACAUCAUCCAGACCGACCUGGAGGAUGCAUAUGCUGCUCAGGUGAAGAGCGGCCAUGACGAUGACCGCCUCGACUUCUACCGGUAA